UUACCCUCGUCGUAUAUGACCUCUUCCAUCAAGUUCAAGUUGUUCGUACUGGGUAAUGUAUGAGAUGGAAUAUCUCGUUUUGGCGUCCACACUGUAGGAUAGCGUGGCUACAUCGGCCUGGUGAAUGAUAACCAGCAGACGCUCUGCUUCGACUUCUGACGGCGAAAUCGCAAGAUCAUCCCAAUCGCCCCAUGGCCGGUCACUGUAACUGUUGAUUCGCCAGAUUUGUUGACUUGUCGUUUGACAACCCUGGCAGAGAGAAAUCCAGGACAUGUGCAGUAUUCUUCAAAGGAAUCAUUCAGGCAGUUGCCCGCUUCGCUACCCCUCUUCCCAGACAACAAGCGCCUGCUUGAGGCAACCAGCAAUGGACAUCUUUACGGCGGCUGUGAUUACGGUUUCUGACACUGCGGCCAGAGACUCUUCGUUUGAUAGGUCCGGACCGCUUCUGCGCUCCGAGCUAGAACUCGCUUCUAAUGGCCAGAUACGAGUCGACAGACAGUAUGUCGCUUCAGACGACACGAAUGUCAUCUCAGCGGUGGUUCUGGCAUGUUGCGAUGAGCAGCGCGUGGACCUCGUCAUAACGAGCGGCGGUACUGGCUUCAGCCCUAGGGACAAUACCCCCGAAGCAAUCGCUCCUCUGAUUGAUAGACCCACCCCGGCCUUAACUCACGCGCUCACAGCACAUUCCUUGGGCAAGACACCCUUGGCAUCCCUCUCAAGAGGCAUCUCUGGCAUUCGCACUAGAAGUACUGGCAAUACGCUCAUCAUCUGUCUUCCGGGGAGCCCGAAAGCGGUCAAAGAGUGCAUUGAAGUGCUUCUUCCUGCUGAAACGCCUGUCUUACUGCACGCUCUCAAGCUGAUGGCGAACAAGGAUGUCUCUCAGACCCAUAAGUCGAUGCAAGGCUAUCUGGCCCGUCCCGAGCCCAGCGACAAAGCACAGGCAGUCUCUCAAGGCGGCUUCAUGAACGACAAAUUAGCUUGCUCCUGCUGUAGGCCUGACCAUCAGCCCGCCCACAGCACCGAGCCUUUGUCUUACAUGACCGCGGAUCCUGACGCAGGACCAUCGGGGCGUAAGAGAACAAGUCCAUAUCCUAUGGUACCUCUCGACAAAGCAUUGCACCUCAUCGAUUCGCAUACGCAGUGUCUAGAAGAAGUACUUGAGUUACCCGUCGACUCGGCAUUAGCUGGCCACAUCCUGGCCGAGGACGUCCGAGCUAGCUCCGAUUUGCCGCCUGUGGCUACCAGCAAUGUCGACGGAUAUGCGGUAGACGCAGACAAGGUGAACAUGGGUACCUUUGUUGUGCUUCCGACUAGUGCCGUCUCAGAUGACAUCCAUGCACCAGUCUAUCGUAUCAAUACGGGCCAAGGCUUGCCGCCCAGUACGAAUGCUAUGGUCAUGGUUGAAGACACAGCCAUUCUUGAUACGCAGAACGCCAGCAAGGGUGAGGAGUCUGUAGUCAGCAUUCUUCGUUUGCCGCGACGAGGUGACCACGUUCGAGCGGCUGGCUCCGAUCUCAAGCAGGGUCAGGUUGCUCUAACAAGAGGAGCCGUACUCUCGAUACUAGGAGGAGAGAUCGGCACCCUUGCUUUUGUUGGACGGCGGUACGUCAAGACAUAUCGCAAACCAGUCGUAGCUGUGUUGUCAACUGGAAACGAAUUGGUGGAGCUGCACGCGCAAACACCGGCUAGCGAUGAUGUGAACAACAGAUGUCUCAAAGUUAUUGACUCCAACAGGCCUGGCUUGAGGGCAGCGAUCGAAGGUCAAGGCUGCGAAUUCAUCGAUUUGGGAAUCGUCGAGGAUGACCGUGCCAAGACCAUUGCAAAGCUUAAAGAGGGAAUGAUAAGAGCGGAUGUUAUUGUCAGUACUGGUGGCACGUCGAUGGGUGAAAGCGAUCUCCUCAAAGCCAUUCUCGAGCGCGACCUUGACGCAAAAAUCCACUUCGGCCGAGUGUCUAUGAAACCGGGCAAGCCCACAACAUUUGCGACAGUGGUGAACAAGCCGAAUGCGAAGGCGUGCUCCUUUUUUGCGCUUCCUGGAAACCCAGCCUCGGCACUGGUCUGCUUUUUUGUGUUUGUUGUGCCAGCACUGCGAAAGAUGGCCGGCUAUCCUCCGGUCACAGCACCGCGAUUGUUCGGCAGAACGCAAGACACACAAGCUCCGCCCAAUCCAUGGUGCAUGGCACGCGUUCGGGUUAAGCUCAGGCAGCCCGUCAAGCUAGAUCCACGUCCUGAAUUCCAUCGCGUUUGCAUCAGCACAGAUUCAGCUGGCCAGCUCUAUGCGAGCAGCACAGGCCAGCAGAGGAGCAGCGGUAUGCACUCGAUGGCCACAGCGAAUGGUUUGUUAUGUCUACCCCCACCGUCCCUUGGCCAACCGGAUCAAAUGGCAGUCGGCGAGCAAGUUGAUGCCAUUCUCCUGGGUCCGAUCCAAUAGGUAGAUUCAAGUGCACCACCUUUACAUGGCGCGCAUGUAAGAAAAAUUCUGUACGCUCCCUAAAAACAAUAUUCGGUCUUGUUGCUUAUGAUAGCACAUUUGUA